AUGCGCAUUCCAAUUAUCGCGAGCCAUCGAUACCAAGACGUUGGUCGCCGAAAAGGCGGCGGCGGCGGCGGCGGGAGAGGUGGCAGCAGCGGAGAGGGCGGCAGCAGUGGAAAGGGCGGCAGCAGCGGAAAGGGCGGCAGCUCAGGGAGUGGGGACUUUUCAGGCAAAACAUCGAAGGUACCAAUCACGGGUGGCUCUGCUAGCGGCAAGAGCACUGCAACGGCGUACGGAUAUGGAGGUGGGAAACCUAAAACGAUUCCCGCUGGGCAGUUAUUUGCUGGACGUACUGCUGGAGGGGCUAUCAGACCACAGAUAUAUGGUACAAGAGCGUAUGGCAGCGGAUAUCCUGGAUACUCUAAUUAUGGCGUCGCAGGCCGAGGAUUUCCGUUUUGGUACUGGCCGGUUGUUUGGGGAGGAUCUUCAAAUCAGUAUUUUCAAAUUCUGAAGUUCGGCGGACCGAUGGCACAGGCCGAGUUCAUCUCAAAUAGCACCGGUUCUACUUUCCAUCUACUAUCCGACAACAGCACGGUGGGUUCCUUGAUCAACUCUAUCAACACCAAUUGCUCGUCGCAUUUGUCAUCCUCGAGUUCGAAAACUUCGUCGCCAUAUAAUUCAUCCGUUCCAGGAGGCCCUCAGCCGGAAGAAGCUAUACAGUACUACCGCUCUUCCAGCAUCGUGCUAACUCUGGAUGGCUACAAUAAUUCCGCUACAUUCGACAGUAAUCCGAAUGUCACGGACUCGCCGUUGCCUUCUGGGGUCGACACGACACUUCUAAAUUGCUUGAAUUACACCAUUGGACAGGCCGCUCCGUUAAUCGGUGGUGCUAACUCGCGGUACAUCUCGCCACCAUGCAUUGGCUUUGCCACCCUGGUUUGGUUCUUGUGGUUCUUGGGGUACCAUGUUUGA